UUUGAGGCCAUUAGUCGAUUGACUGCUCUCGAAGAUACGCGAAAAAACCUUCAUUCGAUCGCGCUUUUGUCCGUAAAAAUGUUUUAGUUCGUUAGAACGGUGCUCGACUAUCGUCAAUCAGCUAAACACUUGCCAGUGCAAACAAUGUGUCUCACAUAAAGUGAAGUGAAAAGUUACACAAGCAGAGACAAAGAAAGUGGCAUAUUUACAACUCCAUUGAGAGAAGAGUUUUUUUUUUUGAGUUCAAGGUGCUUUUAUAUUAAUCAAACAUGCCUCCAGCACAUUAUCGUUACCCGACGCACAACUUCACCUACGUGAGCAGCUGCGUCAAAUACAUGAUUUUCCUGCUCAACUUUAUCUUUUGGCUCUUCGGUGGCCUUCUCAUCGGAAUCGGAUUUUACGCUCUAAUUGACAAAUUUCACAGUACGGGAUUUCUCAAGCUCGACACAAUCUACGACAUUAUCUUGAACAUUUCGAUACUGAUGAUAAUCGCGGGCGCCGUUGUCUUUAUCGUGAGUUUCGCGGGAUGUCUCGGUGCGCUGCGGGAGAACACUUGCUUGCUCAAAUUCUACUCAAUGUGUUUGUUGUUGUUCUUCUUGUGUGAAAUGGGCAUCGCCAUUGUGGCAUUUGUCUUUCCGCACACCAUGAACGGCGUCUUGGAGGAAAAAUUCACCGAUAAAAUUAUCACCAGUUAUCGCGACGAUCCCGAUUUGCAGAAUUUCAUCGAUUUCGCGCAGCAAGAGUUCCAGUGUUGCGGUUUGUCGAACGCUGGCUACCUCGAUUGGGGUAAAAAUGAGUAUUUUAAUAUCUCGUCGCCGAGUGUCGAGCGUGGCGGAGUGCCGUAUUCGUGUUGCAAAAAUGCCACAGACAUCUCGUCGGGCCUCGUGAACAUCAUGUGCGGGUAUCACAUACAGCAGCUCAGUGUGGCAGCAGCCAGUAAGAAGAUCUGGACCUCGGGAUGCAUUGAAAUUGUGCGCGUUUGGGCUGAACGGAAUCUCUAUACGAUUGCUGGUGUGGCCCUGGGGGCGGCAUUUAGUCAACUUUUUGUCAUCUAUCUGGCCAAAACGCUCGAGGGGCAGAUCGAAUUGCAGAAAUCACGAUGGUCAUGAACAGACUUAGGGUGGACAGACAUUGGUGGAUACCGCUUGUAAAAAGAAAAAUCAAAUCAACAAAAAAAAUCUAAAAUUUUAAUGUGUAUUGUGUGAACGAAGUAGUUUGUAUCAUCCACAACUAUAACUUUAUCAAAUCACAACUUUCGAGACAAUAAAUCA